UUUCCUCAUCUGCAAAAUGGAGAGCUAGGGCCCGUCGUCUCUUAAGGCUUUCCCACCCGGCCGCCUCCGUGACAGGCCCCCUUGCGGCCUUUUGCCGGGGCUUUCCAGUCUAACAAAAACAAAACCCGAUUUGCGAAAAGCAAGUGAAGCCCAUUCGGCUGCUCCAGGAUGAACCGGGGUUCCAGGAAGGGGAAGUAGACGCCCGGCGAUGGCCUGCGAAGCACGGACGGGCCCCGGCGCCGCCGCCAGCCCCGUGCCCACCGCCUCCCCUGGCUGGAGUGCCUUGCCUGGAGGGAGUCCUCCGGGCUGGGGCCAAGCUUCUGGUCUGCUUUCAGAGCUCCGCAAUGGCCAGGUCCUCACGGUUCUCCGGAUCGACAAUACCUGUGCCCCCAUCUCCUUUGAUCUGGGCGCCGCAGAAGAGCAACUGCAGACCUGGGGCAUUCAGCAGGUCCCUGCCGACCAGUACAGGAGCUUGGCCGAAAGCGCCCUGUUGGAGCCCCAAGUGAGAAGAUACAUCAUCUACAACUCCAGGCCUAUGCGGCUGGCCUUUGCCGUGGUUUUCUAUGUGGUGGUGUGGGCCAACAUCUACUCCACCAGCCAGAUGUUUGCCCUGGGGAACCACUGGGUGGGUGUGCUGCUCGUGACCCUGGCCGCCAUGAGCCUGACCCUGACCCUCGUGCUCAUCUUCGAGAGACACCAGAGGAAGGCCAACACCAACACGGACCUUAGGCUGGCAGCUGCCAACGGAGCCCUCCUGAGACACCGGGUGCUGCUGGGGGUGACGGACACGGUGGAAGGCUGCCAGAGCGUGAUUCAGCUCUGGUUUGUCUACUUCGACCUGGAGGACUGCGUGCAGUUUUUGUCUGACCACAUUCAAGAGAUGAAGACUAGCCAAGAGUCCUUGCUGAGAAGCAGAUUGAGCCAGCUGUGUGUUGUCAUGGAAACCGGGGUGAGCCCCGAGACAGCCGAGGGGCCCGAGGACCUGUUGGAGGAUGCUCCCCUCCUUCCCGGCGGCCCUCAGCCCGAGGAGAGGCCAUUCAUGCAGACUGAGCUUCGCCAGCUUAUCCCCGAGGCUGAGCCGGGGGAAAUGGCCCAGCAGCUCCUGGCGGUAUUUGGUGGCUAUUACAUCCGGCUCCUGGUGACCUCGCAGCUCCCCCAGGCUGUGGGGACACGACACACAGACUCUGCAAGGAUUCCCUGCCCCUGUCAGCUCAUAGAAGCCCAUAUCCUGGGUACCGGGUGCUGCCCAUUCCUGGCCAGGUGACCUAGGGAGGAAGGCACCCAGCAUCCUGCAAGCCUGAAGGUGAGACAUCGGGAAGACUGGGAGCCCCAGGUGGCUGAAGGCGAGCCCCAGGUGAGGAGAGAAGCAUCUGGGAGUUCUCUGAAGAGCGUCGGUCACGUCAGCGGGGGUAUCGUGCUCACUCUAGGACUCCGCACAGAAAUGCCUGUGGACAUCCCAUGCUGACCCCUGACCCCAGAAGCUGCUGGUAGCCAGGCUGGUCCCGCUCCAAACUACUCUCUGUGCUGCUUAGAACCGGGAGCACGGAUGGAAGGCCACCCUCCCAUGCCUUUCAUUGUGUGCGGAGCCCAGGAAAUGUGAAGAGGACCCAACCACGUGUCCAAAGCUCGUGUCCAGAUGCUGCUCCCGUCUUCAGCUACUUCAUGUCGGAUGGGGAAACUGAGCCUUGGAGAGGACUCUGUUCUUUGUACCUUGCCUUGGGCCUCUAGAAUUCCUAAUAUGGAGGACAGAAGUAAAUUCUCAGAACCUUCUUCACUUUUAA